CCAUCGGCACGCCUUUGGAUUUUUCAUUGGUUAGUGACGUCACGGAGUCCACAUUGUCGCUUCUUCGUUCCUCAUGUUGAAAAGUUAAAUAGAAAAAAGAUGUCACGAUUCUUUAAAGGUUCUGACUCGGAGUCAGACAGUUCAUCAGAUUCAGAGGUCAAUGUCCCUCGUGCCGGAGCACCUGCAGCAAGACCAGUUGCAUAUGCCUUCAGUGAUGAUGAGGAUGAACCAAAGCGCAUUGUGCGGAGUGCAAAGGAUAAAAGAUUUGAUGAGUUAAGAGAAAUAAUCAAGAAAAUGGGAAAUCACAAGAAAAUCAAAGACAUGGCCAGUGUAUUAACAGACUUUGAGGAGUUGGGGAAAGCAUAUGAGAAAGCGAAGAAAGUCAUAGAGAAAGAGAACCAAAUCCCUCGCUUCUUUUUGAGAUGUCUGGUAGAACUAGAAGAUUUUGUUGGAGAGUGUUGGGAGGACAGAGAAGGUAGGAAGGCGAUGAGUAAGAACAAUGCUAAAGGGCUGACAACUCUCCGACAGAAGCUGAAGAAAUACAACAGAGACUUUGAGUCAGAUGUAGCAUCUUACAGAGAGAAUCCAGAUGAAGGUGAAGAAGAGGAAGCAGCGGAUUCUGCAGAUGAGGAGUCUGAGGAUGAGGCUCGAGUGGAAUUAAGUAAAGCGAAGAGCAAGGAGGAGGCCAAAGCUUCUAAAAAGGUGACUUAUGACGAUGAUGAUGACGACGAUGAUAGUGAUUGGGAGAUGAGUUCAGACAGCUCAAGCUCAGAAAGUGAUGGAGGAGAAGGACCAGGCACGACUGUCUACACAGCGGCCAUGUUCUUAAAAAAACAACCAGGUGAAGAAAAGAAAGAUAAAAAAGAAAAGAAAGAGAAGAGAGCCAAGAAGCAACGGGAGGUAGAUGAAGGAGGCGAGUGGGAGGAGGUCACCAAGGGAGCGCCGAUGAUCAAGGAAGCACCUAAAAUGUUCGCCAAGGAUACUGAAGUGAAUCACGAAGCAGUCGUAAAGAAACUGAAUGAAAUUAUCUCAGCUAGAGGAAAGAAGGGCACAGACAGAAAUGAGCAGAUUGCACUUCUGACAGAACUGCAGAGCAUUUCUAAUGCUAAUAAUUUAGGCCCAGCCAUUUCAAUGAAAAUUAUGUUCCACAUCAUUGCAGCUAUUUAUGAUUAUAAUCCUAACAUUGCCACCUGCAUGAGAUCAGAAAUGUGGGAAAAGUGUGUGAAGGGAGUUGGUGAGUUACUAGACAUGGUGGAAGGCAAUGCAGAGAUUACCAUUGGGGAGCAUAUACUAGAGGAAAAUGAAAAUGUCACGACUGAACCCUACAGAGUCAGAGGAUGUGUUUUAACGGUGGUAGAGAGAAUGGACGAGGAAUUCACAAAAAUGUUACAAGCUUGUGAUGCUCACAGCACAGAAUAUGUAGAUAGAUUAAAAGACGAAAAGGAUGUGUGCAUUUUAUUAGAUCGUCUGCAAGCUUACCUUGUUCCUAGAGGAACCACCGAAGAGAUCUGUCGAGUUUACCUGAGAAGAAUAGAACACUUAUAUUACAAGUUUGAUCCAGAGGCCUAUGAUAAUCCAGAGAUAGAAAACAAAUACUUCAAAGAAAUGGAGGAGAUGUGUAAAUUUAUUUAUGCCAAAGACCUGACAGACCGUCUUCGCACUCGCUCCAUGCUGUGUCAGAUUUACCACCAGGCCCUCCACGAUCGAUGGUAUGAAGCGCGCGAUCUGAUGUUGAUGUCACAUCUACAGGACACCAUUCAACACUCUGAUGUCCCCACUCAGAUUCUUUACAAUAGAACAAUGGUGCAGCUAGGUCUGUGUGCAUUCAGAAAAGGAUCGAUUAGAGAUGCCCACAAUGCUUUAGUGGACAUUCAGAGUGGAGGCAGAGCCAAGGAGCUUUUAGCUCAGGGCCUUCUGCUCCAGCGUCAGCACGAAAGAACUCCUGAACAGGAGAAGAUUGAAAAGCGGCGUCUGCUGCCUUACCACAUGCACAUCAACCUGGAAUUGCUAGAAUGUGUCUACCUUGUAUCCGCCAUGUUGAUUGAAGUCCCAUAUAUGGCAGCCCACGAGAUGGAUGCCAGACGACGAAUGAUCAGCAAGAACUUUCACCAUGUGAUGAGGAUGAGCGAACGUCAAGCUCUGACUGGUCCCCCAGAGAGUAUGAGGGAACAUGUGGUAGCUGCUUCCAAAGCCAUGAAGACGGGCAACUGGAAAGAGUGCAAGAAUUUCAUCAUCAACGAGAAGAUGAAUGCAAAAGUAUGGGAACUUUUCUACAAGAGCGAUACUGUACAGGAAAUGGUGACGGGGAAGAUUCAGGAGGAGAGUUUACGGACGUAUCUGUUCACGUACAGCAGUGUGUAUGACUCUCUGUGUUUACAAACACUAGCAGAUAUGUUCGAGAUAGAUACAGGAAUUGUUCACUCUAUAAUCAGUAAAAUGAUCAUCAAUGAAGAACUCAUGGCCUCUUUGGAUGAGCCCACUCAGACUGUCAUCAUGCACAGAACCGAGCCCACCCGCCUUCAGUCUCUGGCCCUACAGCUGUCAGAGAAAGUCUCCUCACUGGUGGACAAUAAUGAGAGGAUUAUGGAACUCAAACAAGGCAACCUCUUCUUCCAGAAGUCAGGUGGAAACAAGAUCGGUUCCAAGGUAACUACCAGCAGAACCGCAAUCAGAAUUGGCAAGAAAGAAGAAACCAACGUCAAAACUAUUCACAGAGAAGCCAUUGCUGGCAGUGUGAGCCUCCGAACUACAGUUAAAAUCAGAACAUUAGAUUUAAACCAGGUCACUUUAGACUUUUCUGAGUUGAACGUUAAAGAGAAUAUUGAUUCUGCUGAUCUCGGUAAACUGGAAAGCUCAUUAUCAGGAAGUCUGGAUGAGUUAAACAUUCCAAGUGAAGAUGUGAAGAAUACAUUGACUUGCCUGCAGUUAAAAGACAGCAGUUUGGAGUCCGUGUUGAAACAACAGACAAUACUUACUGCAAUAUGUUUGUUUUGUUAUCUCAGGAAAAUUUCAGGGAAACAGAUUGGAGUAGAUAUUGUUGGUCAGUCGAAUCUUCCAAUCGGAGCUGGAUUAGGAUCAUCUGCUAGUUUCUCUGCUUGUCUGUCAGCUGGAUUGUUAACUUUGUUUGGUUUUGUUCAGAGACCAGAAUGUUCAGAAAAGGAAUCUAUGGGUUUCUGGUCCAAGCAAGACUUGGAACUCAUCAAUAAAUGGGCUUAUUUUGGAGAGAAAAUAAUACAUGGGACACCGUCAGGGGUGGAUAACUCUGUAGCAACAUUUGGUGGGGCUAUUUGUUUUCAGAAAGGAAUCAUUUCUCCUUUAGAAUUCAUUCCACAGAUGAAAAUUCUUCUCAUCAAUACAAAGAUUCCUCGAUCCACUAAAAAGUUGGUUAGACUUGUCAGGGAAAGGAAAGAAAAGAAUCCUGAGAUAUAUGAGCCUAUUCUUCAGUCCAUGGAUGAAAUCACAAAUGCAGUGGUGAAGACUUAUGGUGAAAUAUGCAACAAUGAUGUUGGUUCUCAGUCAUCGGGUUUUUCUAAUUUAGAGGAACUUAUAGAUGUCAACCAGCACCUGCUACAAGCCUUAGGUGUAAGUCAUCCUGCAUUAGAUGAUAUCUGUCUGACCUGCAUCAGAUCAGAGUUCCACGCCAAACUGACAGGGGCAGGGGGAGGGGGUUGUGCCUACUGUGUCAUCAGGCCAGAUGUUUCUGAGGAAUCCUUGGAGGCGUUGAAACUGGAGAUGAUAAAGAGGGACUUUGACUGUUGGGAAUGUACGCUGGGAGGACCGGGUGUAGCAAUGGCGGGUAGAUGAGGCAGGGAGGACCGGGUGUAGCAAUGGCGGGUAGAUGAGGCAGGGAGGACCGGGUGUAGCAAUGGCGGGUAGAUGAGGCAGGGAGGACCGGGUGUAGCAAUGACGGGUAGAUGAGGCAGGGAGGACCGGGUGUAGCAAUGGCUGGUAGAUGAGACAGGGAGGACACACGGUUUAAAGACUCCAUUGUACAUUGCCCGGGGAAUACAUAACACGUUCAGAUAUGGAUUCGUCAGUUUGAUAAACCACGACUCAUUUCCCGGAGAGGCCAUUCAUAUAAAACUGAAACACCGCAUGCCAUUUUAUGUUUUACCACAGUUGCACGACAUGACAUUCAAGAUUUUAUACUCUGCGUUAUUCGUUCCAUCUGUGUUUUAAUACAGUGUUUCUUGUUGAAUUUAUUAUACGCUUGGUUUAAACCAUUCAACAUGUACGAAACGAAAAAUGCAAACAAAGAACUUCCAGGAGUUGACGUAAUAAACAUUUUCUGAUA